UGUCACUCGGUUAAAACCGUGAUUAGCGCCUUGUCGCGUUUUGCGCUUAAUUCGCCUACCUGCUGCGACGCGUUGCCAGAAUAGACACUGCUGUCACGUGGAACGCAGACGACUUUCUUUUUUUUAUAUUUUUUUCCCGUCUUGCAGCCAUUGUUUCCCUUUCCCGCGCUUUGCUGGCUAUUUACUACGACUUCCACUACUCUUCUUAGAGAAGAGUUGAGUAUUACCGGCGGGAAUAGUGUUUCAACCUGUUGGCUGCUGCUGAUGCGUUCUUUGUUGUUUGUUCCGGCCGGCGCAGACGAUAGUUUUUUUACUGCAGACGAUCGGCGGAAAAGAAGAGGAGAUCGGAGUUUUCUCUGAGUUAUUUUUUUUAUUUUGCUUUUUGGAUUGUCGGACAAUUUUUUUUUUCGGAAGUUGUCCGAGUUUUGUUUUUGACACCGACUUUUCCCGAUUUCUUUCCGACAGAAGUGCCGCUAGAAUGCUUUUAAAGGCGAAAUGUUUUCUAUCAAUAUUUAUGGAACUUAAUAGUUUGAGAGAAAAGAAUUUAUCGGUUUCAGAUCGUCUUUAUCAAGGGGAAUCGAAUUUAAAUAUUUUAACGCAAACUUAAAAUAUUGAUUUUUUUAUUAUUUCAAAUUAAACAUUUUUUUUCAUUUAUUAUUUUAUUAUUUAUUAUCUAUUUAUUAAUAAUUUUAGGAGUGGGACUUCAAAAUUUUUUAUACAAUUCUGAACUGCGUUUUGAGAGACAUAAUCAACAAAAAACAUUUUUUGAACAAUAUCUGAACUGUUCAAAACUUAACCGAACUUUUCUGCUGAUUUGAAACUAAGCAUAUUGACUGCCAGUCUAAUUCCAUAUAAUUAGCAGAUGAUGACAUUGACAAUUGUUUAAACAAUUCCUUUACUAGUGUUUAUGACCUUGACUGUUUCUAUAAGCGUGUGAAUUUUCAAAGCAGUGCUCAAGAGAGGACUGAAGACUCGUAUCUGGAAAUUACUUUCGAGUGCAAUCGAAAUAGCGGAACUAAUCCAAGAUCCUUUCUGAAAAAGAGAAGAACACUACAAUUUUGAAAAUGGCGCAGAUGUACGAAUCCUAUAUGUACAAGUCUGUUGACAACUUCGAUCUGGCAAUGGCCAUGAAUGGGAAUGGACAAGAAAAUGGUGAUGGAUACAUCGACCAUACGUUCCACACCCCCAGUUUUGGAGACGAGGAAUUCGACAUUCCACCCAUCAGCUUACCUCCUACUACCCCCGGCAGCGACACAAGUUCCAGUGAUGUCUACGGUUCGACGCAGCCACUGAGCCACCAAGAUCAACCCACACAACAGCAACAGCAGCAACAACAACAAUCCACAAAUAAUAACCAGCAGCAUCUAAUGUCGCCACCACCUCAAAUGUCUCCCAGUCCCUGUAGCCAGACAUCUUCCAUGGACAGGAUAGGACCUGUCAUGACGGCCAUUACUACGACGCCUUCACCCCCGACAAUGAUGACAUCGUUCUCCGGGUCACCCCAUCAUCACCACCAGCAACAGCAGCAGCAGCAACAUCAUCAGGUCUCCCAUGUCCAGCAGCAGCAACAACAGCAAAUUUCCCAGCACCAGCAACAGCAGCAUCAGUAUGGAAACCAUCAUCCGAAUGACAUGUACAUGCUGCAGAUAGCUCCUGGCAGUAUGAUGCCACCACAGUCAGUGCAGUUUCAUGUACAACAGUAUGCGAUUCCUACUAGCUAUUCUAACGGCCCCAUGCAGCAAUCACACCUGCACAUGGCCCACGCUCAGCAACAACAGCAGCAGCAUCCGCAGGUCCACCACCAUCCAGUUCCUCAUCAACAACAGCAGCAGCAGCACCACAUACACCCGCACCACCACCAGCUGCAUCACCAGCAGCAGUUGUUACCACCUUCCCCUAUGCUGGCCCUGCAGCUGGGUGCACCUAGACAUCAAAGGCCAGGAUCUGUUGGGUCCUCACCGCCUGGAUCGAACCAUACGUCGCCAGGACUAGAGACGAGUGAAGAUAGCGACGACAGUGGACAUUUAUCUCAGCUGAUCUGUGGUAUGAAGCGCCCAUCCCCAGAGCCCGUGGAGAGGCCCCCGAGUGCCGGGAAGCCCAUCAAGAAACCGAAGGUGCAGAAGAAGAAGAAGAAGAGGGAUCCCAAUGAACCGCAGAAACCAGUAUCUGCUUAUGCUUUAUUUUUCCGAGACACUCAAGCCGCUAUCAAAGGUCAAAAUCCAAAUGCUAGUUUUGGAGAAGUAUCCAAAAUUGUCGCCUCCAUGUGGGACGGACUGGAUAUCGAUCACAAAAACGUUUACAAAAAGAAAACUGAAGCAGCGAAGAAGGAAUAUUUGAAGGCUUUGGCCGCUUAUAGAGCAAGUCUGGUAUCCAAGGCUGCAAAUGAUCAGUCGGACAAUAUCUACGGCAGCAAUGGUCCUAACGGGUCUACUCCAACAUCUAUGUCUACAUCAAUGUCGGCACAGUCUCUGUCGCCCUUGCAAAAGAAGUCGCCGCUACUGACAUCGCUUAUGGAAGGAACACAGCCUUCAGGCAUGCAAACGAUGUCCAAUCAGCAAUCCCUUCUCAUGGGACAGAACCCCAUGAACGGAGUACACCACCCUCACAUGAUGCCCCAGCACAUGUCACCUCACUCCUCGACGCCUCCCUCCCACCAGAUCCUCCACCAGAUGCUGUCCCCUGGGGCCCAACAGCAGCAGCAGCAAAUGAUGCACAUGGGGUCGCCUCCUCCACCCUCCUCCCACAUGAUGCAGCAACACCACAACAUGCAAAUGGCCUCUCUCAACAACAACAACAAUAACAUCUCGUACACCCCGAACAUGUCUCCUCAGCUCACUCACCAGCAGGCCCAGCAGCAGCAGCAACAACAACAGCAGGGCAUGAUGUGCACAUCACCCCUACAGAACAGCUGUUCCCGGGGUGGAGAAGCACAACAAGACUGGGAGAGAGACUAUUGCAACAAUGACUGCGUGGUCUCGCAUUGCAGAGAUGUUUUCACCACCUGGGUAGCGGCAAGACCGCCACAGAGCUCUUACGCCUCAGUGAAAUAAUGACAAGAAACCCGAAGAAAUCUUCAUGUAAAUCUACUCUCUCUGAGACAAAAAACUGAAAAAACAAACAAACAAAGACUAUACGGUGAAAAAAAACUCAGCAUCGACUGCAAACAUUUCCUGAACAUUCAACGCACAGAUGCCAUAACAACUAAUUAUUAUAUUAAUAACAGUUAUAACUAUUAUAACCUCGAAGAUAAAAAAAAUAAAUAAAUAAAACGGAGAGAAGUUCCGUUUGGUGAUUGUUAUCUCUACAACAGAAACCGGGAAAGUCUCUAAACAAAAAGUCUCUAAACAUGUGAAUUGUCACUCCGAGCUGUGGUCUCGCUGACUAUUAGAUAGUGAAUUCCCCGAGAGAACUUUUUGAGUAGUCGUUUUACUGUCACUGCAUCUGCUACUUUUAUUGUUACUAAAUACAUGCGUUUAUAUAUAUAUUGUUUUGUAUUUUCCCAUGAAGUUUAACUCAUGCUAUCUGGAUGACCCACAAGGACUUUAUUGUGUACAGAUAUCGCGAAAAGAAAACAAACAUUUCCUCUUUGGACAGUUGGAGCUUUUGUGAAAUAUGCCUGGAAAAGACAAUUUGACAUUUUGGAGGGUAGCAGCGAAUUCCAAGAAUUCAUAGAUGAAAGGUUAAAAAAAUCUGCCUAAUUUUCACAUGCCUAAUAAAUUCAAUCCCAUAAAGAAGUGGAAAAAAUUCAAUAAUCUAUGGUUAAAUAAUGAAAAAAAUUGGAUUGAAGUAUACUUAAGUUCAUGUUGAGAUGUUAUAUUUAUAUACAAAUGGAUUAAUGCUGGAUUAUAUCAUGUGUUGAACAAUUUGAUUUUAUCUACUGCGUUAAUCAUUUUCAUGGUUGAUUUGAUUUGAUCUUGUACAAGAACUUAAAACUAUCUCAAGGUAUCAAAUGACUUUUAAAAAGAAAUACAUAUUCAAAAUUUUCUCAUCGUUUUUAACCUUUUAUAUGGUUCUCAAUUUUAUGUUCAUAAAGAGAUCGAUUAGAUUAAUUCUAAUAAUGGACGAUAUUAGGAUAUCCAUAUUAUGUAUUUUCACCAUUUCAUUUCAUAACUUCAUACAUUUA